AUGGAAGCCGCCGCCAAAAGAUUCUUCACCUCACCGUACUUUGCCGUCGUCGGCGCCAGUCAAGACAAGAGCAAGUUCGGAUACAGGAUACUGGCGUGGUACCAUGUGCACUCGUUGCCAGCGACGCCCAUCAAUCCCAGUCGGCCAUCGAUCUCCUUUCCUUCCAAAACAUACAACACUGUGCCGACGGUCUCGGCUCUUUCUCACCCAUCUCAGACUGCGCUGUCGUUUCUCACCCCGCCUGCAGUGACGAGGAAAGUCCUGGAAGAGGCAAAGACGGCUGGAAUAAAGGCCGUCUGGUUGCAGCCGGGAAGCUUCGAGGACCAGGACCUGGCAUACGCCAAGGAGAAUUUCGAGUCGGCCGUGGGAGGGUUCGAGGAUGGCACGGUGGGCAGCGAGGGCUGGUGUGUGUUGGUCGAUGGCGAGAACAUGCUGAGAGCAGCCGGCAGGAAGACUGAGAGGCAGAGGUUGUAG